AAAAGCCGGAAGUAAACCGGAAGCGCGUCUAGGAAACAGCAGCUAAGCCGCGGCGACAAUAAAGAUAAAUCCCUCUGUGAGUAACGAUGGAGGAAUAUAACUCUGGAGAUGAGCAGGUUGUCUUCAAUGCUGAUGAUGUCAAUAUCUCGGUUAAAGAGUGUAUCGAAGGUGUUAUUGGUGGCACAGAUUACAACCAGAGUAAAGUGAACCAGUGGACGGCCGGUAUCGUUGAAAACUCUCUGACUCACCUGGUGAAGCAAGGACGUCCGUUCAAGUACAUAGUGAACUGCUCAAUAAUGCAGAAGAGCGGCGCUGGUCUCCACACAGCCAACUCCUGCUUCUGGGACACGGCCACUGAUGGAAGCUGCACAGUCAGGUGGGAGAAUCGCACCAUGUACUGUGUGGUCAGUGUGUUUGCUGUGGCGCUGUGAGCUGCUCUCUCUCUCUGGACACCAUGUCUGAUGCUUGAAGUGGCACCGUGACCAAGAAGCCACGAAGACCCUCUGGAUGUACAAGUAACUCGUUUCUCCCCACAGGCUUGAACUACACAACGGCAGAAUAAGAGUUGUGGUUUGUAGAACGUUGCUUUGUAGGCACCGCGGACAGAAUUCAACCGUGAAGCAGUGCUUUGCUAAGUAAUAACAUCUGAGUGAACACUAAAUAGUUUCUCUCCCUAAUGUUAUAAUCUGUGUUUAAUGUAAAUCUUGAUUUAGUUUUAAGCCGUGCGAGCGUCAAGGCUCUGGGGAUGGCAGCGUAUGUCUGUCCAGACUGAAAUAUCCCACCUACUAUUGGAUGGAGUGCCAUGAAAUCCAUCAGGAUGAAUUGUAAUUAGUUUGCAUGCAUUACUUUGGCUUAUGAACUAACAACAUUGUGUUUAAAGCUCAUUAUUAAACCUUGGCUUCACGCUAAGAUGGUGAACAUGGUAAGCAGAGCCUCAGUACAGCCUCAGAGCUGCUAGACUCAGUCUCGUCUUCCUUUUAUCUCUUUCAAUACAUUCCCAAAUAAAACUGUUGCUGUCGUGAUACGUUCGGUAUUUAAGAAAGUCUGACGUGUUUUAGUAGAUAUCUGAUAACUUGUCUCUGCUAGUCUGCAUUCAUGUUUUGUUAAUAAGAGUUUGUAUUUCCAGAUUGAUGCAGUUUAAAGGUCAGAAGGACAAAUGCACUUUUUCAAGACCUCUCUGUAUAAAUCCUUAAUUUCUUCUGUAAAACUGAGUCCAUUGGUGUUGUUUAAUAAAGAGGUUUAUUGGAACAA